AUGUCGAGGACAUACAAGUCGGGGACAGGGUUGGUAUCCAGGACUUGUGGCCAAUGCGAUGAUUGUUCUCGGGGCGAUAAUCUACUCUGCCCGCAGGCCGAGUUCUCUGGCUGCACUGCUGAUGGCACUUUUCAGCAAUAUGGCAUCUGCAAGGCUGAAAAUGCCGUGCGCAUUCCAGAUGCGAUACCCCUCGAGACUGCCGCACCGAUUCUCUGCGCUGGGGUCACAGUGUAUAAGGCCCUCAAGGAGAGCAAUCUCCGGCCCGGCCAAACCGUCGCCAUCGUUGGUGCCGGCGGUGGCCUUGGGACUCUAGCCUGUCAAUAUGCCAAGGCUUGUGGAUAUCGUGUGCUUGCUCUGUCUAGCGGAGCGUCCAAAAAGGCCAUGUGCAUUGACCAACUGGGAGUUGAUUACUUCAUUGAUUAUGCCACAUCGCCGGAUGUUGUUAGCGAAGUGAAGUCUGUCACUGGUGGGGGCGUACAUGCUGCCAUCGUGGUUGCAACUGUGGUUGCUCCGUUUCAGCAGGCAUUAGAGUACAUACGAGGAGGUGGGACGUUGGUUGCAGUGGGAUUGAUCCCGGGAGCGAUCACCUCUGAUAUUUUCUCGCUUAUCACACGCAAGCUCACCAUCAAGGGAUCAUACGUCGGUACCAGGCAGGAAACAGAGGAAGCGCUCGCGGUGCUCGCUCAUGCUGGGUUCAGAGUCCAAUAUGACGUUCGGGAGCUUUUUGAACUGCCCGAUGUCUUCGAAUCGAUGGAGCAAGGUAAAUUACAAGGUCGAACAGUGCUCAAGAUACCGACCAGAAAACCGGUCUCUGGUAAUCUCAGCAUGGGUCUGGCACCGUCGUUAUUCUCCGAGAAUGAACACAACAUCGGCACGCACUUGGCAUAUCGACUGGAGGAACUGGGCGCUCUACACUAUUUCACGGUGCCGGGCGAUUUCAACUUGAUUCUAAUUGAUCAACUGCUUAAGAACCAAUCUCUAACGAUGGUCGGCUGCUGCAAUGAGCUUAAUGCAGGAUAUGCAGCAGAUGGGUAUGCGCGGUCUUCGCCCUCGGGGAUCGCCGUCAUCGUGGUGACCUUCAUGGUGGGCGGCCUAUCGGUGAUCAAUGCAGUGGCCGGGGCGUACUCGGAUAGGUUGAAGGUGAUCGUCAUAUCUGGAUGUCCAAAGGAGGACACAUUUGGUCAGGAUGGCCCCAUCCACCAUACUCUGGGGCUUCCCGACCGCGAUCACACACUCCGAAUGUUCCAAGAAGUUACCACAGCUGCUGUCCGCCUUGAUACAAAGCAGAACCCGACGGAGUUGCUUGACCGGACGAUUAACCGAUGCAUCGAGGAUUCCCUUCCGGUGUAUAUCGAGAUUCCGUCUGAUCUUUCGACCUUCCCGUGCUCGGCGCCUGGUCCUCUGGUGCAUACCAGACUAGCGACAGGGACUUCGAGCGAGCUCGGUCCCUGGUUGGAUGUUUUCUUGAGAUCCUGGAAGGAAGCGAAGAAAGCCGUAGUCAUGAUCGGCAGUCAGUCGCGUGGAGCCAUAUCGACCGAACUUCUGGUCGCCUUGGCAGAAAAGCUGGGAUGUCCUGUGUGUUGCCAGCCGGAUGGCAAAUCCCUUUUUCCUGAAACCCACCCUCAAUUUGUGGGGACAUUCUGGGGCUCUGCAAGUACUCCCGGGUGCGAGGAGAUUGUAUUAGAGUCGGAUUUAUGGAUUGUUCUUGGAGGCCGAUGGAACGAUUUCCAUAACCCAGGCAACAAGUUCGACUUGACCAGCGACUCGCGGCAGAUACUCGAUUUGAAGACUGGGCGCACCAACACUCCGAAUGGCAAAUUCUUUGGUGGUAUUCCCUUGCACGAGAUCGUUACGGCCAUUGUCGACUCUGACGUUGAACGAGACCUUGGGAUGCGUCACUCCAUCUCUUUCAUUGCGGAUCAAGCCGAUGUCAAUGGGUUAUCAAAUGAGACAGCACCCUUGACGAUGGCCAGUAUUCUGCAUUCGAUCCAAGACAUGCUGCGAGGCAAUGACACUCUUAUCGCGGAGACUGGAGAAAGCUGGUUCAAUAGCCAAAUGAUUCGGUUGCCAAGAGGGGCGGACUACCAAAUGCAAAUGAUGUACGGGUCCAUUGGUUGGAGUCUUCCAGCGGCGUUGGGAUGUCAAUUAGCCAAGUCCGAGGGAAGGGCUGUGCUGCUGAUGGGGGAUGGCAGUCUUCAAAUGACGGCCCAGGAGAUCAGUACCAUGAUCAGAAUGAGAGCCAAUCCAGUGAUUUUUAUCUUCAACAAUCUAGGUUAUCGCAUCGAAUCGGCGUUCCACGAUGGGCCGUACAACUACAUCGCGAACUGGAAUUAUGCAGCGCUGGCUUCCGUGUUUCAGAACGCGGCCCAUGCCAUUGACCGGGCCAAUCCUUUUGUUCCCUUGACUAGUUCCCAUCCUGGGCUCCUGGCAAUGCAAAUCAAGACGAACGGAGAACUCUUUAUGGCUUUAGAGCGGGUUCAGCAAGAGCCAGACAAACUUGCCGUAUUAGAAUGUUGCAUCCAUCCCAGCGAUAUCAGUCCUCUCUUGGUUCGGUUUGGGCAAGCAGUCUUUUCGGGAAGAGAGUGA